AUGGAGCAAAGAGACUAUGGAUACCCUCACAAUGCAAACGAUGUGUCGGAGUUGGUGGUGAAUGGAGACCAAUAUGUUGGCAUAAAUUCUGUGACUGAUCAAGUGAAUUCUCCAACGUCUUUUGAGAAUACCAUGCUUAUGGAUUCGGUCUAUCAAGGGAUGGAUAUGUUUCCUGCACAGACUAAAAACUGCCCAAUGCAAGGGUCUGCUGGCUCCAAAAUGGAGAGUGCACACAGUCCCACCUUUAGAACCGAAUCUAAAAUAUCGAAAAGUUCGGAUAAAGUGUCGACGCCUACAGGUUUAUCAGAAGUUGAACUAUAUCAACGACGUAAAGCGCAAAAUCGAGCAGCACAGCGUGCGUUUAGGGAGAGGAAGGAGAGUAAAUUGAAGGAGCUGUCAAACAAGCUGAAACAAGCUGAAAUGGAACGAGAGAAACUAGAAAGACAGUUGGCAGAAUUGAAGCAAAAGAACAAGAUACUUGAUAUUGAAAACCAGAUAUUGCAGAAACAAAAGGCUGUUGAUAGCUCUAACACAAGCAGCAAUAGUGAAUAUAGGCAUGACCGAAUAGUUUUCAAAAAUGAAGAUGGAACUAAAAACAUUAAUUGGAGCCCAAGCACCAUCGGUAACAACAUUGAUGCUAUUGAUAAAGUGAUCAGCUACACCUUUCCAAGCACCAACAAACGUGAUUUCAUUGACAAUACUAUUGAUUGGAGUAAACAUGGAACAAACAAUAGAUCUAAUACGGAGUCCGAAAAAUUGGGACAGUCCUACAGUGUGAAUGAUGAGAAAGUACUAACAAUAAGUGCUGUUUGGGACUAUCUAGUUGAAUUCUCAAAGCUCAAUCCGUCGUUGAACUUGGAUAUGGCUAAUAUUAUGAAAGAUUUGAGGGGGAAAGAGGUAUGCCAUGGUUAUGGCCCAGCAUAUCCUAUCGGGUUGAUAAAUGAAAUCAUCGAAAGAAAUGUUGAGCUCGAUUAA